UCAGAUUAGAUUGCAGUUCAACGCUUACUGUCGGCACGAGUAGAUAGUGCUUAGCUUCAGAAGUAGACGCGAAAACUUCUAUUCUGAGACUAAUUUAGUCUUUGGGUAAUUACGUACAAUUAGUAAGCUGUUGUGCAGACCAAUUUAUACAUAGUAGCACAUAAUGGCUCCGAAGGUGGAAAUUGUACAUGAUGAAAAGUUAACUCUUGGAGAAGGGCCUCAUUGGGACCAGGAAGCACAAGUACUUUAUUUUGUUGAUAUAGAUGAGUCUACUGUCCUCAAGUAUGAUCCUAACGCUAAUAAAAUCACUCGGGUGAUUGUGGAUAAAGAAAAUAAAACAACUAUUGGCUUUGUCGUACCUGUAGCAGGUACCAAAGAUAAAUUUGUCAUCGGAUAUGCAAGCAAAUUUGCACUUUUGACUUGGGAUGGCGUCAGCACAGAUCCAUCCAACGUUGAUAUCCUUCUUGAUGUGAAUCCAGGAGCUAAAGUUCGGUUUAAUGAUGGCAAAGUUGAUCCAACAGGACGCCUGUGGGCUGGGACAAUGAUGACUGGAUAUAAAAAUAGUGGAGAGGAGUUGAGACAUGGGUCGUUUUAUUCCCUAAGUCCAGCUGGAAAGUCCUCAAUAACACAUCUUACAAAUGUGGGGAUCAGUAACGGCCUUGCGUGGUCAUCCGAUCGUAAAACUUUCUAUUAUGUCGAUAGUUUCAAUCGAUCGAUUGACGCAUUUGAUUGUGAUCUCGAUAACGGAACACUGAAAAAUCGGCGUACAGUUUUUGACAUAAUCAAGAACAAGGUACAGGGAUUGCCUGACGGUAUGACUAUCGAUAAAGAUGAUAAAUUAUGGCUUGCCACAUUUGGAGGUAGUGCAAUUCACCAGGUGGAUCCUAACACUGGUUCUCUUCUUCAAUCAGUUCAACUUCCAGCAGCAAAGAUUACCUCAGUUAUGUGGGGAGGGCCAAAUUUGGAUGAACUUUAUGUGACAAGUGCUAGCGUAGACGAUACGGAAGAGCACCGUUACUCGGGACGUUUAUUUAAAAUUACUGGACUCGGUACAUCUGGACUUCCAGGUGUACCAGUUAAAUUAGAAUACAUUUGACGUGAUAAGUUUAUAAAUCCAUCAUGAUCAAUCCGAGCUA